CGUCAGCAUCCCUGCUUCAGUUCAGGAGUUUUCUCUUAGUUUUUGCUAUCAUGUUUAGAGCCAGAAUUCAAAGACUGUUCAGUUUAAACUACUGGACUACUGGCCUCUAACUCAGUUCAAGGCAUUUAUAUUUAUGUUAUUUUUGUCUGCUUUUUAUAUUAAGGAAGUGAAAAAAAGCAAUCUCCGUCUCCCAAAAAGACGAGAUGUGAAAUGGAGAAGUAUCUGACACCCCAGCUUCCUCCAGUUCCGAUAAUUCCAGAGCAUAAGAAGUACAGACGCGACAGUGCCUCAGUGGUAGACCAGUUUUUCACCGACAGCGAGGGGCUGCCCUACAGCAUCAACAUGAACGUCUUCCUGCCUGACAUCACCCACCUGAGAACUGGCCUCUACAAAUCCCAGAGACCGUGCGUAACACACAUCAAGACAGAACCUGUUACCAUUUUCAGCCACCAGAGUGAAACGACCGCCCCUCCUCCUCCUCCUCCUCCUCCUCCUCCUCCUCCGGCCCCGACCCAGGCCCUCCCCGAGUUCACCAGUAUAUUCAGCUCACACCAGACCGCAGCACCAGAGGUGAACAACAUUUUCAUCAAACAAGAACUUCCUACACCAGAUCUUCACCUGUCUGUCCCUCCCCAGCAGGGCCACCUGUACCAGCUACUGAACACACCGGAUCUAGACAUGCCCACCUCUGCAAGCCAGACGCCGGUCAUGGACACCCUUAACGUCUCCAUGUCGGCCGCCAUGGCGGGCCUUAACACACACACCGCCGCCGUCCCGCAGACCGCGGUGAAGCCCUUCCAGGGCCUGCCCCCCUGCACAUACACGAUGCCAAGUCAGUUUCUCCCCCAGCAGCAGGCCACUUACUUUCCCCCAUCACCACCCAGCUCAGAGCCUGGAAGUCCCGAUAGACAAGCAGAGAUGCUCCAGAACCUAACCCCACCUCCAUCCUACGCUGCUACAAUUGCUUCUAAGCUGGCCAUCCACAAUCCCAAUUUACCUGCCACCCUGCCAGUGAACUCACCCAGCAUCCAGCCUGUCAGAUACAACAGGAGGAGUAACCCGGAUUUGGAGAAACGCCGCAUCCACUACUGCGAUUAUCCUGGUUGCACAAAAGUUUAUACAAAGUCUUCUCAUUUAAAAGCUCACCUGAGGACUCAUACUGGAGAGAAGCCCUACAAGUGCACGUGGGAAGGCUGCGACUGGCGCUUCGCGCGCUCGGACGAGCUCACGCGCCACUACCGCAAGCACACGGGCGCCAAGCCCUUCCAGUGCGCCGUGUGCAACCGCAGCUUCUCGCGCUCCGACCACCUGGCGCUGCACAUGAAGAGGCACCAGAACUGAGCGCCGCCGCCGCCCGCCGCUCCCUCCUGGAGAAGACGCAAGAACUGGAAAUGUAUAUUUUGUAUAUGUGAGAAAACAGGGAAUACAUUGUAUCCAUACCAAAGUGUCUGGUCCUUUUAAGAAUCUGGAAUGCUUGCUGUCGUGUCGUGGUUUCCCUCCACCCAGCAGGUGUCAUCGUGCCGCGGCCGCAUCGGCACGCGGGAGCCGGGGACCGGAGGGCGCCGGGAGCCGCGAGGGUUAGCGCCGGCGGCUUUGCCUUGCCGUGGCAGAGGUUUUGUGAAAGGAGGUAAUACAGUUCCUUAGGUACCCAGCGUACCCGGCAAUUCUCAAAUAGCCAUUGAACAAACGUGUUUUUUCUUUUUUAAAUAUAUAUGAGUUGCCUAUAUUUGCUAAUUGAAAUUUUGUAAAUAUGCAAAUCAGCUUUAUAGGUUUAUUAGAAGAUUUUAAGGAUUCUUUUGGACGGGGGUGGGGGGAAUCAUACUGCUUUUGAGAAUAACCAUGACUACAUUUACAGUUAGGAUUUGUGGUGAGAUACCUCUCAACAUUACCAAAUUCAUUUCUUUUAGGGGGGAGGAAUAAUCACUCAAAUGAACUUUAAAAGGCAAAUUUCAUGCACUGAUUAAAAUAGGAUUAUUUUAAAUACAAGAGUUUUAUAUGAAUUGUAAACUGAAGAGCUUAAAAAAUGGUUACACUAUACAAAAGCGAAACCUCUUAAAAUAAGCUACACGGUAUCAUUUGUGUAAGGAAGGACUUAGGUAGUUUCACAUAUGACAAUGCUGAACUUACGCAGUUUUCGUAGCCUGAGAUGUUCACUUCUGCAGUACUGCUGGUUAAAUGACCGCUUAUGCGGAUUUUGCAUGUAAAAUACAGCGAGACACAGUAAUUUGACCUAAAUUACAGUGCAGUGCAGUUAAACUAGUGUUAAUACGGACUCAGUGUCUGCUCUAAGUAUCGAUGGUGUGUGGGAACCCGAGGGGGCGAGAGCUCCAUAUAUGCAAUAGAAACUAGCGAAGUGAUGCUGACGCUGUUAACCAAAGGGCAGGGUAAUAAGCAAAAUGCCAAACAGGGGUCUUAAUUGAAAUGAAAAUUUAAUUUUGUUUUUAAAAUAUUGUUUAUCUUUAUUUAUUUUGUGGUAAUAUAGCAAGUUUUUUUUUUUUUAGAAAACAAUUUUCAUAACUUGAUAAAUUAUAGUUUCGUUUGUUAGAAAAGUUGCUCUAAAAUGUGUAAAUAGGUGACAAAUGGUGUAAAUAAUUUUGUAAGAGGCUUAAAAUGUUUAUACGUGGAAACAUACCUACAUAAAAAGCAUAAAUUGGUUGCUGUUUUGCUUCUUUUUCCCUCUUAUUUUUGUAUUGUGGUCAUUUCCUAUGCAAAUAAUGGAGCAAACAGCUGUAUAGUUGUAGAAUUUUUUGAGAGAAUGAGAUGUUUAUAUAUUAAUGACAAUUUUUUUUGGAAAAUAAAAAGUGCCUAAAAGAG